AUGAUGACCCCAUCCUCAAUUUUCAUCAUAGGAGGCGGGAUCCAAGGCGUCUGUACAGCCUAUUACCUGACCCAACUCGCCAAGAAACAUGGACGAAGCAUCAGCGUGACCAUCCUUGAAGGGAGUGGGAUCGCUGCGGGGGCGAGUGGAAAGGCCGGGGGGUUGUUGGCGUUGGAUUGGUGAGCAGUUCGAGAAAGCGUGUGUGUGAUUAGAGCUCUGACAUUGAUGAGUAUGGCUGGUGUCACGCUGGGUGAUUUCAGGCAUGGUCAGUAGCUGAUAAGUUCGCGGAGAGUCUCGAAGGGGGAGCCCCAUACGAAUCAGAGUCCAAAUCUGACUGACGCAUCGCCUCGACCCUGGGGCUACAGGACCAUCUACCUCUUCCCUCUCUUCUCUCUCGUACAAACUCCACUGCGACCUGGCUAACGAGCAUGAUGGCGGACGGAGAUGGGGUUACCGCACCCUCGACACCCUCUCCGUCUCGGCCGACAUGACCCGCGCCACCAAGAAACGUGAGGAUGUCGUCUCUUCCAAGAAACUCAAGGAGAAAAACGGUUUCUUUGAUUGGCUCAAUCAGGAUGCGUUGGGGGAGACGAGUGUGUUGGGCACCCGAGAAUCGACGGCUCAGGUUCAUCCGAGGUUGUUCACGCAAGGGCUCGCCGAGAUCAUGUUGCAGGAAGGGGACGUCAAGGUGGUUUAUGGGUCUGCGACGGCGUUGAAUAAGAAUGAGGACGGUUCAUUUACCGUCAAGUAUUCGCCGAGGCAAGAGGAACGAUCUUCCAAGGCGAGCGAACAAAAGUCCAUCAGAACUGCUGAGAUGAGUCUCGGUCCAGCCGACCGUCUUGUCAUCACGGCCGGCCCAUGGACGGGAUCCCUUCUCAAACAACUGGGGAUCCAGGGAGGAGGCCGAACGCGUAGGAUCGAAGGGAGUCGAGCGCAUUCCGUGGUGUUCAAGACGGCGGAGAGUAGGGCUUUGCCUGCUCAAGCCUUGUUCACGAGCAUCAAGGAGAAGGCUGGGUCGUUUUGCGAGCCCGAGAUCUAUGUCAGUACACCAGAGUUCCUACCUUCUAGGGUGAUGUAGACACUCUCGCUCAUAUCUUACGUACGCUGGCUUGUCUCUGACAGAACCGACCGGAUGGCACAGCCUACGCCUGCGGCCCAACCGACGAUUCGUCACUCCCCACCCUCGCUUCCGAAGUCGAGAUCGACCCCUCCGCCACGGCCUUGAUCAUCCAACAAGUCGCCGAUCUAGCGCCCGAAUAUCUCAGCGUGAACGAUGGACCUCAUUCUGCUACGAUCGAGGUUGAACAGGCUUGUUAUCUCCCCGUGGGGAGUGGGGAUCCGGUGAUUGGUAAGGUUGAGGAGAACGUUUGGGUUGGCGCGGGACACAGUUGUUGGGGAAUUUUGAAUGGUCAGUUGAUUGGACAUAUUGAAAUAUCCAGGAUAUUGAGCUGAUGGACGCGGAAUUACAUAUUUUUAGGUCCUGCCACGGGUUUGUGUCUGGCGGAACUGAUCCUAGAGGGCAAGGCGAGCUCGGCCGAUAUUCGCAGGCUUGGGCCAUGA